UCGAGUCCUAGUAGAAAGGUGGCAAGCGAAAAUACAGUGGUUUUCAAAUUCGUUUUAUAGAGUCGUGUCAUCUCUAAGGAGAAGAACUGCAGUUGUGUCUUUGGGAUAUGGUGAAGGCAGCCAUCAAAUGACCUCAAUCAAAGAGCGUCCCACCUGCACACCGACACCGUGCACACGGGGCAAACGGCCAAUGCAUCAAAGCACACUGACUCUUGGCGAUCAGACUAAAUCCAUUUAUUCGACAACACACGCAGAGAGUUUUUCUGGGAGAGGAUAUGAUGGUCAAGCGCUGGUCUUUCUGCCCCGAGAUCCAAGUUAUCUCUCUCAGCAUGAUGGAAAGCCGGACCUCAGUAACAUUCAUGUGUCACAAGGACAGACACACUCCAGAGAUGUGCAUGGCCCGAAAGACAUAGUACCACAUUACAUCCUACACAGAGUGGGGGUACAGAACAGGACACAGAACCGUGAGGGGUUUGUGAUGAAAGAGGUCACCAACCCCGCUGAGGCCACACUGCACCAGACCACAUAUCAAACAGCGCACUGCACCACUUCCAACAGAUAUCAAACAAAUGAAGCAAGCGGACAGCCAGUCCCCUGGCACAGGCAUAAUAUUAUCACAGGAGAGGAGAAGGCUGCAGCUGGGCCUUGGCAGGCCAGAAGACAGUCUGGGGAGAGCAUUCUGUGUGCAGCUCGGUAUUGCGAGAUGCACAGUGACUCUUUUCAUUUGUACUGAAGAUG